UGAUUACUACUUCUACCGUUAUGCAUUUUUUAUUCUUCUUUAAUCUAGACACAUGAUAAGGAAAAGUUGGCUUUGUUGGGUUUACACACUUUACAAAUAUGUGAAAAGAUUCAUGACUGCCAUAAAAGUUUAGCUGAGCAGCUGCAUGAACUCUCUCUCCUGGCUCUGUAUAUCACAGUUAGCUACAGUAUAUGAGCCGCUUAUGUGUCCUCACAUUCUUCCUGGCUCAGUGCCUUGUAUGGAUGAGAGAAUCUUCUACUCUGAAGUGCAACAUUCGCUGUUUAUCAGCUUCUGCCACAGGAGGGAAGAACAACUCUGUCAAAAGCAACUCUGUUAGAAGAAGAUGGUAUUUGAGGAGGAAAGUGUAAAAAGAAAGACAGUAAUUAUUAUUCCGUAUUGCGGACAGAUUUCAGAAUAUUUAUUACAUAGUAAGUAUUUAAAUAUUCAGAUCUAACUUAAACACAGUGUACACUGGCCAAAGUGCUGUACAUAAAAUUAUUAAAAAAAUAACAAACAAGAAUUAUGUCAAGAAAUCUAAAACAAAACAUUGAAUUGAAUGUUUGUGUGUGUACACCAGAAUGCAAUAUACAACACUAUGAAGACUUCUGCGUGUUUAAAUGUCAUGAAAUAGUAGUAAACUAUUCCUGGCCUCUGCACCCCUAUUGGGAGGCAUAAUGGUACAACCCUCUUAUAGUGGCUCUUGGACCAAGAUAUGUAGAACUGUGACUAGAGAUUGUCAAACAAGGGACAACAAUGUAACAUGACCUCUGUACUUCUACCCAGAAUCUCCAGCAUUAACUUAAGCAAAACCAGGAAACAUCUCGGCUAAGAUGAGAUUUCUGCCAAUUAUGUGCGGGACAAAUGACAAGCCUGUGUAACUCUCUUUGCAACUCUGUGAAAUCUUUUGCUUUUCUCACUUGUUAUCGUUCGUCAUCUCAAUCUCUCUGCCGUGGUGUGUUAUGUUAAGUAGCUGGUCUGCUUUCUGUCUUUGACUCUUUCCUCCUUGGAUUUCAAUUCCAAACAUGGUUAUCCAUCUAGGGGUGUCUCACUUCCCACCCCAGCCCAUUCCUUUCCUGCUUUGUGUUUCCAGCAGUGCUCACUCUGCUGUAGAGAGAGUAGAGACACAGGGAGACGAGACAUAGCAGGUGAUAUAGUGGAAAUUAAAGACAGAGUGGGAGCAUGAGAGAUGAAGAGGCUCACAGAAUGAAAGAAGCUACAUUCCAUAGGUUUUUUUUUUAUUAUCAUGGGCUAAGUGAAUUAGGAAGUAACUAAUAUUUAGUAACUUUAUAUUGGAUAUUCGCUGUGAACUAUUUGGCUUCACUAAGAAAAGGAAAAUUUAUGACAAAUCAAGAAAGUAAACGAUCCUACUGGAAACCUGAAGAAAUCUCUUUCACGUGGAGAAUAGAACAUGAGCAACAUUAGCUUUGAUACAAUAAUCUAUGGUCAUUCACUAUGUACAGAAUGGACCAACAGUACAGAGGGUGCCAUCUACCAUCUGGGAAACACCAUCCUCAUUUUGGGGUACAUGGGUGGCAGUGGAACCUAUGGAACUUUAUAUAUCUUUAGUUUCCUGGCUCCUGCUUUCCUGUGCUUGGCGUUGUGGGGCUGGCUGUCAGUGUGUGGCCUCGAUGUCUUUCUCUGGAACAUUCUGCUGAUGCUGCAGUGUCUAGCCCAGGUGUGCCACCUGAUUUUUCGGCUGAUGCGGGAUGGUCUGGCCAAUGAGGAGCUUUCUGCCCUCUACUCUGCAGUCUAUCUACCACUGGACGUACCUGUGCAGGUGUUCAAAGAGAUCACUGCGGCCUGUGAGAACAAGGUGCUCGCUCUCAAGGCCGAAGACACUUAUGCGGUAGAGGGAAAAACGCCUAUUGACCAGCUCUCCUUUCUGCUCUCUGGAAGAAUUCGUGUGUCUUUAGAAGGUCAGUUCCUUCAUUAUAUAUUCCCUCUCCAGUUCCUGGAUUCUCCAGAAUGGGAAUCCCUCAGACCAACAGAGGAGGGAAACUUCCAGGUGACACUGACAGCAGAGACGGAUUGCCACUACAUCUCCUGGCGCCGCAGACGUCUUUAUCUCCUUCUAGCUAAAGAUCGCUACAUUGCCCGUCUGUUCUCAGUCAUGCUUGGCAAUGACAUUGCAGAUAAACUGUACUCUCUAAAUGACAAACUCUUUGCCAAGAGCGGCGUACACCUUGACAUCCGUCUGCCCAGCCUCUACCACGUUCUUGCCCCAACGCCACAAAGUAGUGACGGAGGAAGUGCCAGUUCCCCACCCAGGGGAAGCCAAGGGAAUCAGAUAUUUGUGCCAAUAGACCCAUCUCCAAGCAAUCAGCAUGUAGGUGCAGCAAACUCUCAACAAGGACAGGGGAAGGAGUCUCUUCUCAAAGGUCAGCCUUCCCAGCGACACUCUUCCUGGGCCACGGAUCCUGAGAUGCCCUCGGAAGGUGAUACUCCUGGAAGGUUUCGAUAUCAAAGAGGACGUGCUCCACUGGCUCCCACGGAUACCCCAAGGCUCUAAAAAUAAUCUAAUCCAUAAACAAAGCCAAGAGUGGAACCAGAGCCUCAGCAAGUUCCCUACACGCUUCUCAUUUCCUCUGCUGUUGUAGCUUAUGUUCCUAUAGUACAGAAACUUACUGUAAAUUGGACAAAGAGGUUUGAAAGAAAUUAUCUGUGCUAGUAAUACAGUACCGAUUCCUUCCACUGGCCUUGAUCAACAAAGCUAAAUGUAACUUUGGCUAUUAUUGUUAAUGUUUUUGCUUUAAUGUUGUUAUUAAGCCUGUGGUAGUGAGUAUUUUUGUAGAUCUGAUUGUAAGUAAAACGUCCUCUUCACUUUUCACUUCAUUUCCUAACGUCACACUGCGUUCUUGCUUUGUGUGUGUGUGUGUGUGUUUUUAAAACACAGGAUAAAAAUGAGUACAGGGAAAACAUUCAACCAGCAUUUACUAUUUUAUGUGAUUCUUUAGUUCACCAUAAGGAAUCAAUACAUUUCCAUGGGGCCAAAUCAUCCUUAAUAAAACCUCGGUGAAAAGUCAUCGCAUGCUUGAUAUUGAUUUCAGACUUUAAUUUGCCUGCAGUAGAAAUUACCGAAUGUUGUCCAUACAUUUGUCUGAUAACAGAUACAGAUAAUCUAUACAUUAAAUAAUACCCAGACUGCCAAGCUACUGUAUAUCACAAAUGUCAAACAUAUCGGUUAAGCUCAUAAUACAUGUGACAUGUCAACAGGAAGAAUUUACAUUGUAACAGUUACAUCAUUAUUUGAUAUUCGGAGAAAAGAAAUCAUCUGACAACUCCAGUAAUUGACCUUUGUUAAAAGACAUUAGAAUUGCUCUGAAAUAUCUGAAUAUCUGAAUAAUGUUACUGAAUAAAGCACAUGUAAAUGGUAGUUUUUUACACUAUACAUGCAGAUUUGCUUUUAAUGGAACACUUCUAUAAUAAAUGCUGUUGUCUUUA